GGAGUUGGGAGCUCUGUAUUUAUUUUGUUUUAUCUUUAUCCAGAUACCUGGAAAGUGAACAAGUGCAUAUAGAUAGAUCCAUUAUAUUUGGCAGGUCCUAUAGUAGGAGACUACCCUUCACCACCUGUGCAGAGUGUGUUUGAGCAGUCCCCAUGGCGGCUGUGUGCAGCCUCACUAAACUGUACGGUGUGUGUUCUCACGCCGCUCGUCAGACUGCGAGCCUGACGGCGUCCAGACUCCCACCAUGCCGAGCCUUCAGAGUCGGGGUUGUGCAGCAGCAGCAGCCCUUCGACUCAACCCUGGAAAAGCCGCAGUUCCCUGGAGCUUCGGCUGAGUUUGUGGAUCAGCUGGAGUUCAUCCAGCCCAACGUCAUCUCUGGGAUCCCGGUGUACCGUGUGAUGGACCGGCAGGGCAACAUCAUCAACGACUCUGAAGACCCCAAGCUCUCCAAAGAGACCGUUUUAAACUUUUAUCAGAAGAUGACGCUUCUGAACACGAUGGACCGAAUUCUUUAUGAGUCUCAGAGACAGGGUCGAAUCUCCUUUUACAUGACUAAUUAUGGGGAGGAGGGAACACAUGUUGGUAGCGCCGCUGCUCUUGAUCCAAGUGACAUGGUUUUUGGUCAAUAUAGAGAGGCCGGAGUGCUGCUGUACCGUGGUUUUCCUCUGGAUCUCUUUAUGGCCCAGUGUUACGCCAACGUGGACGACCUCGGGAAGGGCCGGCAGAUGCCUGUUCACUACGGCUCUAAAGAUCUCAACUUUGUCACCAUCUCCUCUCCUCUGGCCACGCAGAUUCCACAAGCUGCUGGAGCUGCAUACGCGGUCAAGAGAGAAAACAUGAACCGCGCUGUCAUCUGUUACUUCGGAGAGGGAGCAGCCAGCGAAGGGGACGCGCACGCCGGCUUCAACUUCUCAGCUACCCUCGAGUGCCCGCUGAUUUUCUUCUGUCGCAACAAUGGUUAUGCGAUCUCCACCCCGACCAACGAGCAGUACAGGGGAGAUGGCAUUGCUGCACGCGGUCCAGGGUAUGGUAUGAUGUCCAUCCGCGUCGACGGCAAUGACGUGUUUGCUGUGUACAAUGCUACAAAGGAGGCCCGACGCAGAGCUGUGGCUGAAAACCAGCCGUUCCUGAUAGAAGCGAUGACCUACAGGGUCGGCCACCACAGCACUAGUGACGACAGCUCCGCGUACCGCUCUGUGGACGAGGUGAACUACUGGGACAAGCAGGACCAUCCCAUCUCCAGGCUGAGACAUUACAUGACGGUCCGCGGCUGGUGGAGCGAGGACGACGAGAGGAGCUGGCGCAAGCAAUCCCGCAAGACGGUGAUGGAGGCGUUCGAGAAGGCCGAGAGACGCCUGAAGCCCAACCCCGACCUGAUGUUCACCGACGUGUACGAGGAGAUGACGCCCGGCCUGGACAAGCAGAAGGAAUCCCUGUGGAGGCACGUCCAGCAGUACAAAGAGCACUACCCACUCGACCUGUACGACAAGUAACCGGAGCGCGGCAGCGGCGAGUGAUGGGAGAAGCUGCGGUUUGUCGAACAAAAACGAAAGUAAGUAAGGACUAGCUGGGACAUGCUGCUACCCACCACACACUGUACUCAUGCAACAGUUUGGACGUUCUGCACAAGAGCUUUCAAAGUACUUCAUUUCUGUGGGGUUUUGGUGCCUUAAAUUCAAGUAAAUGCAACAUUCAUUUGUUAUUUCCAGCAUCUCCCGUGUUGUUUUUAACGAGUUCUUCAAAAUAUACAUGCAAAUCAAUCACGAGGAACCAGAAGUUUGUUCCCCUGCUGUAACUGUCUUCCCCAGGCUGGACGACGGGGUUUUACUGUCAUCACACCCGUGCUUUAACCUUUUUCUGUGUUUGCCGCCGAGUUGAACUUUUCUAAUCAAGUGCUUUGUAGUAUCCAAUACACACCCCAGUUUUAGAUGGGUUGGUUUACUGAUAUGUUGUUACACACAGUAAUAAAUGCUAAAACUGUACAUCCGUUAACCUCUGACUUUUAUUGAAAAUAAACUGUAGACUGUU